CCUUAAUGAACCAGAUCAUUGGGUAUAUAUGACACCGACACUAUAGACAUCAAGUAGACCAUGUAAUGACCCUGGAAAGACCAUGGAUCAUACACAUCCCUACAACAGUGUUAAGACAAUUUGGGCUUCUGCCAACUAAAUUUCCAUGGAUCGAUCACUGCGUUGGUUGACGCCAGGCAGCGCCGCUCUUUCCUCGCCUGCCUCGACCACUUCCACCUCAUCUCCCUCCAUCUCUGCGGCCUUCUUUGUAUGCCACCCUCUCCCACCCAGAGCGAGCGAUUGAUUCUCCAUCAGGAUGAAGUGGCUAUUAUCCUCCCUCCCCAUACUCACCCUCGCGGCAGCCAGUAAGCCGGACUGUGACUGCUACCAGACCGGCGGCAACUCGUCCGCCUGUUUCUCCUCGUACCGGUUCUACGACUUUCGCUCCCUGAGCGGCACAGCCCAGGAACCGCCCAACGUGACAUCGAGCCUGGGCAUCGAGCCCGCCCAGCCUGGGGUGCUGACCUCGUCGUCCUUCUCGCGCGACUGGCGGCUGCAGACCUGGGGGCGUGGCUCCCAGGAUGAUCGCCCGGUGCGCGUACAGAACAGCCGGCAGAACGUGUGGAUUGAUUCUUCUGCCUCUACUUCUCACCUGACGCUGCGGACGUACCGCCACCCCGGUUUCAGCUCUACCGCCGAGAUGGAACACCAGGAACGAGAGAUCUGGCACGCCUCGCUGCGAGUGCGGGCACGGGUGACCGGGUCGCCCGGGGCGGUGGCGGGCAUCUUCACCUAUCGUGACGACUCGACGGAGAGUGACAUUGAGAUCCUGACGCGCGACAGGGUCGACCACAUCCGCUACACCAACCAGCCCACCGUCGACCGCCACGGACACCCUAUCGCGGACGCCAGCACCGAAAUGACCCUGCCGCCCGGCGUGCAGUGGUCGCAGUGGCACACGCACCGGCUCGAUUGGACGGACGCCAUCAGCAGCUGGUACCUUGACGACCAGCUGCUGCUCACCAAGGCGUACGGGACCCCGAAGGCACCCAGUCACUUCAUCAUCAACCUGUGGAGCAACGGGGGGUACUGGAGCGGCAACAUGGCCGUCGGAGGCGCCGCGUACAUGGAGAUCGAAUGGAUCGAGAUGUUCUACAACACCAGCACGAUAGCGGCCCGAGAAAUCGAGAAAUAA